AUGUCAAUCAGGCCGAGCUAUGGUGGAGUGUGUCUCUGGCCACCUGAUUGGGCUUAUUGGGUGCCCGCUCUAGGCGCUACUGCAACUGUCGGUCGGCAGGCACCGCGUGGGAACAUGUUAUUGGCUAUUUGUGGCGAGCUGCAAGGUACCAACACCUACAUGGCCACUAGUUUCAUCUCAAACCCCUCUUUACUCGGCCUUGCCGUAAUUUUGGCCACUCCGCCAUCGACCUCUUCAGCUGCACAUCCUGUGCACAACGUCGUGAUUGGAGUCGGACAUGUCGCAUCCAGCUACCAAUUGUGUUUCGACUGGCCGGGUCAGCUAUUCGGUCUUUCAGUGCUCAAUGGCUGGCUGGGUGCUCACAAUCCCAGCAUAGCCUGGUUGAAGACAUAA